AUGAACGGCGCCUCCUUGAAACUCGUCCCGGGCGAGCACAAAGGCGGUCCGAAGCCGAGGCGCGGCGGCAUGGCCGAGGGCACCUGGCAGCACGCCAGGCUGGGGGAGAUCCGGGGUCGCCUGCUUGAGGAUUCUGGGACGUGGAGGUCUUGGACGUCGUCAUGGCCUCCCUGCCUGGAGCCUGCCGCAAGGAGGGGCCUCAAACACUUCGCGCCCCUCGAUCGGCGCUGGCCUCUCGUCUCGGAGUUGGACCUGGACUCUGGCAGGGAGCGCGCCUCCGCUCCAAACGGCGGAUCGGCCCAUGGCAGCUUGCACCCCUGCGCGGGCCGUUCUUCUCCCGAGAGUGCGCGCCCGGUGGCGCUGGACGGCGCCCAGGCCGUGCCGCUCGAGGACUGCCCUUCCGAGCGGCAGCUCUCCGCGGGUGCGCAGGCCGCGAGGCCGCCGUCCACCGGGACGCCUUCCGUGAGGCCGCUCUCCACGGGGACGCAGUCCGUGAGGCCCACGGAGCAGCCAGCCCAGCCCCAAGGGGACGAGUCCGCCGACCUCCCUCCUCUCGGGGCGGCCCCCUCAUAG